AGGUCUUUGAAGACAAACAGUCUCUAGGCGAGGAGAAAAUACCUGAAGUAUCUUACACAAGUUGUGACUAUUGGUUGUUGUUAACAGCAGUGUUUUCGGUUGCUGUUCCGCCUGUGAACAAACUUUUCUGUACUGAUCAUCAGCGUUCUUCACAAGUUGUUCAGCAAGGAUAUGUAGAAAGUGUACAACUAAAUCUGUGUUUCUUACAACAAAAAUCCUACGAUAAAUAACAAAAUUUCAAAGUUGUAAAGGGUGCUGUCAACAAUGGAGGAAUCGGAAAAAAGGGUCUUGAGUCAGUUCAGGACACGACUAGCAAAUGAAAUUGUUGUGACGGGCAGUUUUCUAACGGCUUUCUGCAACAAUUCCGUCCUAGACGAUGAGAUGUCUAGAUUAAUGAAGUCAGAUGAGAGCUAUGUGGCCAAAGCGCACAAGCUGUUAGAUCUUCUGCCCAAAAGGGGCUCCAGGGCCUUCAGCACCUUCCUGGAGAUCCUGGGCAUCACCAACCCCUGGAUCGCAGAGAAGAUGAAGAGCGCGCUGCACGAGGAGAGAACGAAGGAGGCCAAGCUCAAGAUCAACUCGCACAUGGGAGAAUCAGCGUCCAUAGAAGGCUACUGUGCCUCCUCCUUGCGCCACGUAGACAUGGACAUCAAAGCCACGGCGAACCGCUUUGUGAGCAGCACUUUGCAUCAGCUGACGGAAUCUGAGCAGCGAAACAUCGAGAAAUGGCUGAGUGAAGAACUACAAAGGGAGAGACGACGGCAACAGUAUCUUCUGCCAAACAACAUACAUCGACACCCACAGGAGUUCCAGUCUACCAAAGAGGUCCAGACAGAGACCACAGGUAUGGAGAUGCAGGAACUCUGCGAGGACCUGAUAGUGCAGCUCUACGGAGUGGACUACGUCAAAAUGAACUCUGACCUGAGCUUUAAAGCUCUUCAGAGACAGAUCUCAGAACUGCUGGCGAGGGUUCACAAAAUGGACUUCCUAUUUCUGGAGUGCAUGGACAAGUUUGACGAUAGGGACCGAUACACUCGGACCCUUCCGGAGCUGAUCGACAGCACCAUCCACCAUCAAAAGGAACUUCGCAACGCUCUCAUGGAAAGCCACCGCAAGAUCCAGCGGCUAACAGACGAAAAAGACAGUUUGGAGCGACAUACCCACAGGCUAGAGGAGGAAUACGAGCAUCUGGUGAAGAAGCAAGGACAGUCAGUGGUGUACCCUCAGCAGCUGUACCUCAAGAAGAGGCGCGAAGUUCAGAUGAAGUACACCGCCAUGUCGAGACCGGCCAGAAGCCAGCAGCAGAGCCAGCCAGCGCACGUGGCGCGAUGACGGAGUCUUCAUCGGAUUUUUCGACGACGAUGAAGACGACGUCUGUGGAAGACGCACCUCCUCUGGUAGAAGAGCAGACGGACAAAAGCCCUCCAGCCUCCCCCAAGGCUCGUGUAAGGUUCACGAAUUCUGUGACUAGCAGGUCGGUGUCUGCAGCCCCGAGUCAGUACAGGAGGAGGACAGGAACUGCGAGGUUACAGAAAGGAGGGAUAAAGACACCUGGGAACUGAGAUAAUCACUCUGUCCCUCUCUCUAACACAGACUCACACUAGCUCGCUCGCGCGCACACACACAUCAAUACAUAAAUGCGCUUGCGCAGUCAAAACAAUUUUUUCCAAAAAGUGCCUAAGUUUAAGAAAAGUAAAAGAAUGGAAAUUUCCUUGGCAGUUACAGACACUUGGUGCCGAGUGUUACACACCAUUUCACACCAGAUCCGCAGCAACUGU